GAUUUAGUAUAGACAUUCAUUGCUGCAACUUAUUUCAAUAUAAAGGAGGCACAUUAUUCACACGUGUAUGAAAAAAUGAAACAAUUAUGAUUUCACUUAAUAACAUACGAAAAAGUAAAGUGGGAUGUGACAUCAUCAGCCCACCUUAUGAAUAUUCGUGAUGACGUGCAUAUACAAAUAUUUCAGCCCGGAGUACCCCUUUAACGUGCCUAUCGCUUCGAUGACUUCAUCCAGGGGAUCGAGUACUUGAGUCAGUGACCAGUGCCAAUUUGUUCAUCAUGCAGGCAAGCUCUCGGACAGCGCACAUCCCCCUCCAACGAUAUUGAAAUCCAAUCAAAUCGACCACAAUGUCGGGUAAAGCCAUUGUUAUCGAUAACGGAUCUGGGACAACAAAGGUCGGAUAUGCCGGCGACGAUAAGCCAAGGUUCGUGUUUCCAACCAUCGUUGGCAGACCUCGUCACCAGGGUGUUAUGGUUGGGAUGGGGCAGAAGUCAUGUUAUGUUGGAGACGAGGCUCAGAGCAAGAAAGGUAUCCUUACCCUACAAUUACCCCUCGAGCAUGGUAUCGUUACCCAUUGGGAAGACAUGGAGGAAAUUUGGCGUCACAUCUUUUCUAAUCAGCUUCAGGUGCAACCAGACAACCACCCAGUUCUGUUGACAGAGUGCCCUCUAAACCCCAAGGCAAACAGGGAACAGAUGGCUCAGGUAAUGUUUGAGAUUUUCAAAGUGCCCUCCCUCUACCUCGCCAGCCAGCCAGAGCUUUCGCUCCGCAGCGUUGGGCUUGACACCGGUAUGGUUUUUGAAACUAGUGAGGGUGUUUGUAACGCCGUACCUGUAAUCAACGGUAAGGCAAACUUGGAGGCCAUCAUCCGUGUGCAACUUUGCGGACGUGAUCUUAACGAUUACAUGUUGAAGAUCCUCACCGAAUCUGGCUAUUCUUUCACUACUACAGCUGAACGUGAAAUCGUAGCAAAAGUCAGAGAAAAACUCUGCUACAUCGCACAAGAUUUUAACGACGAAAUGCAGAAUACAGCUCCCUCUGUCCUCGAGGAGACAUACGAACUUCCCGAUGGCCAAAUCCUCACUAUUGGUACGGAACGCAUCCGUUGCCCAGAGACCCUCUUCCAGCCGGCCUUUAUUGGAAUGGACAGCCCCGGAAUCCAUGAGUUCGUCAACAACAGUAUCAUGAAGUGCGAUGCUGGCGUCCGUGAGUCCUUGUACGCCAACAUCGUUAUUUCUGGAAGCUGCGCUGAAUUCAAAGGAAUGGCUGGCCGCAUGAAGAAGGAGAUCGGCGCCCUCGCCUCAGACAUGACCGUCAACGUCGUCGUUCCAGCACAGGCGAAAUACGCCUCCUGGAUUGGAGGAGCCAAACUGUCAUCGCUCUCAAACUUCAAGGAUAUAUGCAUUAGCAGGGAGGAAUAUCAAGAGUCUGGUGCAUCCAUUGUACAUACUAAAUGCUAAGAAAAUGUUUUAUUCACCUCAAUGCACUGGCCUCGAUCUUUUCAAAAUAUCUGAAAGGCUUUGCACUAUUCAUUUAAUAUAUUAUUUUAAAAUGUAUUAUUUCCAACAAUAGGUAUCUGUAAGCGUUUUAAUUGUGUUUAUGAGACGAUAGACAAAAAUGGGGAGGUCUCUUAAAAUAGUUUAUUUCUAAUAAUGGACAUCUUAAUUAUUUUAGCUUCUUUAAUGGUACUACAUGGUAUUAUAUUAAAUGGUAGGUUUUUUUUUUUGGGGGGGGGUGGUUAUAUUACAUUACAUUUACAUUUUUUACGUUAAAUUACGUCACAUUACGUUACAUCUUUUUUUUUAAUAAUAACAUCUCGCGUAUGCCGCGUCUUCAUUGCAUAACACCUUUUUAUAACGACUAUAAUACCCCAGUCACAUUUGUUCUACGGUAGCCGUACGGCGAGUCGAAAACAUAAUUUUUUGUACCAGCUAUAUAUAGGCGGUUUUAAUAAAAAUGAAUAAAACAGCUGUUUUUGACUCGGCGUACGGCCGCCGUAGGAUAAAAGUGUCUGCACUGAGCUUUAAGUGAACGGUCGAUGAAUGGUGCCUCGCGCAGAUCACGGUGUGAGGUGACCAUCAGUAGCGUAUUGACACAAAAAUGUGGAUUUAAUUUGAAAUGUUUGUCUGAUUUUGUGAUAGGUUUCGAUGUUAUAUUCAGAGAACAUAUUUCACAAAUGUUCCCUUUUCUUUUUUUCUUUCUUUAUUACUUUCUUUCCUUUUUUUCCCCUCUGUCUAGGUCGCGGAAAUUCCGGGGGGGGGGGGUCAAUGGCCACAAGCUCUCCCAAUAUGUAAGCCUGUGGUGACCACGGUGAUACAGGUGUUAUGAUAGACUAGCAGCAAUUACCCGUGGCAGCACAGGGGGUACAUUUUUCUUUAUCAAGGUGUGUGUGUGUGGGGGGGGGGGGGGUGACAUUCUUGUAUGUACAGCUAGACUGCCUGUACACUGAAAGCCAAGAAAUCUAUUGAUGAAAUAUAUUCAACAACUGAUUCAUAGCAGACGUCUUUUUCAAUACAGAUAGGCUAAUUUCAAUUAAGUUAAGCAUCUUGGGUUGAACUGGAGGAAGCGCUUCAAUAAUCAUUACAGAGUCAGAGUGAAAUCCAAAUCUAACUAUAAAAUGGAAAAAUGUAUUAGAAUACGGUGAAGCAGUCAAAAGGCAGUUAGUGCGAUAUAGAAAUGUUAUCAUUACAUGUAUUGGGUCAGAAAUAAAUAUGUAAGUACAUUGCACAUGUACCUUACAAUGUUCAUCAGA